UCAUUUUGGUUUUGGGCACAGCUCAAACGUUUGAUCUAACAACGAAUUAACAUGACUGCAGUUUUAUAGCAGUUCGCUGUAUCUGUCUCCUUAUCUGAGGUGACCUUUAGACACAAAUCAAUCACAUGAAGAUCUUUAAGCGAUGAAAGAUACUUGUUUAGUAGUUGUUUUGCUACUUCUCGUCUCAAGUGUCGUCUCAGCACAAGCUGAUGAUAAAUGCGUAGUAGGAGUGAUUGGGGAGCGUGCCGUUCUUCCUUGUGUUUAUAAUGGCAUGAAAAAUUUGACCUCCCUUCGCAUCUCAUCUGAAUGGAGAAGAGGAACUGAAAUAAUUCACACAGCAGUCUGGAUGGAAGGACGAGUGCAAAAUGUGUCCCACAGUAUCCAGACUACUGUGUCACCUCUGUCCCCAAACACUGGAGAUUUCUCAGUGGAGUUACAUAAUAUACAUUUAUCAGAUGCACACAAUUACAGUUUUAAUCUUAAGCUUCUUGGUCAAAACAGAAGCUCUAUGGUUUGCUCCGUCUGUCUCAUCAUAGCAGGUCAUUUCAGCCGUCCUACUAUAUUGAGAGUGAAUGGGGUGAAUGGUGAAGAAACCAGAUUGUUUUGCAACUCUCAAGGAGGAUUUCCUGCUCCAUCCAUCUACUGGCUUGUCAACCACAAACAACGUCCUCCAGAAACAUCAGUCACAACCUAUAUGAAUACUCUACCUCGGUCUGAACUCUACAACAUCACAAGUGUCCUCUCUAUCAGCAUCUCAGAAAACACCGCUGUAUCCUGUGUCAUAAAAAACAAGCUCCUGAAUGAAACUUUAACAGCAACAAACUUCUGUGUUUCGUCAGGUACCUCGGAGAGACGGCUGUCAGAGUACUUGUGGGUCUUUAGCGCUGCUUUGUGUCUGGUUGUUUUCUUGCUGGUUGCUGCGUCUCUGAGAUUCCAGAAGAAAUGGGACCAAAAACAAAAAAACCCGACACAGAUGCGGAGAUGAUUCGUGUUGCAGGGGCACUGACGUGAUCUUGUUUGAUUUGGAGCAAUGGGCUUUCCUUCCUGAGACUGAUGUGUAACAUGGUUUGAAAGACAUUCUGGGUUGACAUAAAUAACACACGUAAGGCUUAUUAAUUGUGAUUGACUGGAAGUGAUUCAAAGUUUAAUUUUAGAUUAUGAAUCGGCUUAAGAUAAUAGACAAACACAAAGAUAAAAGACUUCUUUUUUCCCAUACAGUCGGCUAAACAAAAGACUUGCAACUCAGCACAAUAGAAUAAAGCAGCUCAAAGAGUAUGAACAUAUCUAUAUUCAAAAUACAGAGAUAAACUGUAUUUUGACACUCUUGCUGUACCAUUUUAAACGUCUACAUUUUUAGACCACAGUAAAUAUCCCCAACAUGCUAUGUCAUUGAGAAAGAGCUCAAAACAACUGCCAGAACUUCACCUGUCCAACCUGAAGUAGUUAGACAGGCUGGAGCACAAACGCAGAUGAGUUACUGUUAGUCAUACUGUCUGCUAUCAGUUAAGACGUGCUGUUGAGAAAUUCAAAUAUAUUCAACAGCACUGAAUGUGGCAAAAAGACACACAUUUUCUUAUAUAAACCAACUUGUGUUUUAUAUUCGCUGUGUAAUAGUUUAAUUGUAUCAAAGUCAUUGUAAAUAAAAAAUCUAAGGGACACAAAA